UUUGAUUAUGCAUUGUGACGCAGAUAAUGUCAAAGUGUUAUUGAGCGUUUAUAUUUAUUUUUUGUAUGUAGUGGUCCUACCAGUUACUGACAAUGAUUCUAACGCCGUUACUAAAGCACUGAUCGUGGGAGGCGGUGUAAACAUGUUCGGUAUAAUACUUUUCAUAAGCCUGUGGAAAGUAUGCCCAGAUCAUAGAGGUAGACGUCCAUACAUAUAUCGUCGCAAACGCUUAGACAAAGAAGAAGUCAAUAUUUUAGACUUAGAUGUAAUCUUUCCGAAACAUUCACAAAGUCGACCGACACUGACUGACUACCCAGUUUACGAAAUAGACAGAAGUGAAAGGAAAGAACUUGGUCAUGGGUACUAUGGCGAGGUAUACAAAUGCAGAACACCUGUCAACGGAAUACCAACGGACGCCGUUAUUAUAUUGCCAAAACGCAUUUGAAGAAUAUUAGUCAAUAUCUCAAAAAAAAUUGUUGAUAACCUAACAUUGUUUACUAAAAAAAAUCAUGAGGGUGGGGGGAAACUCCAACAAAAAAUCUGCAAAUUCCUGAAGAUGAACUAAUAAUGUUCGAAAUAUUGAAUCACAAUGGCUUGUAUCACUUUUACAAAGUUUGUUUCUUACUUUCUUAUUUUUUUACUAAUAAUGCAAGAAUCAUAAUAAGCUACUAACAAUAUUAGUAAUAAUAAUAAUCUAUAUUAAUAAUGAAUAAUGUUGAAUGAUAAUGUUAUGUCGUGUACGUCCAUUACAACAAACGGAUUGUAAUGGCGUGCAAGAUAAUGAUAGAAACGAUGAGAAGAGUUGAGGGAUACACUAGAUUGGACGACAGGACAAAGGAACGAAACUGGCGGUGCUAAUUCUAGAUUUAUAUAAUUAUUAUUAUAUAUUUAUAUUUCAUAUGCUUAAUUUACAUUAUACACGUUAAGGUCAACAAAAAGACAGGACGAAGGAACGAAACUGGCGGUGCUAAUUCUAGAUUUGUAUAAUUAUUAUUAUAUAUUUAUAUUUCAUAUGCUUAAUUUACAUUAUACACGUUAAGGUCAACAAAAAGCUUUUGUUCAUAGGAAAUCCCCAAACAUAUUUAUUAAUAAUACCAUAAAACAACCAGAUUGACAAAACUGAAAACUAUUGGUUGUAAAAUUUGUGAGGUGGUUAUUUCGAAAAUAGCUCGAAGCUGGCAAUAAGUUCCAAAGAGUCACCUGAAAGUGCGAAAAAAUAAGAAUGAUAUGUCACUGUUAAUCAGAGGGGGCGCCAGGAUUUGCCCGACGGGGUGGGAGGUGGGUUCUGAGGUCCCCAAGGGGGUAUUGGCGAUGUCCCUGAUGAAAAAAAGUGGCGUGGUCAGGCGUCGCUCAAAACCUCUCGAAAGCGUCCUCGGGGGUGAAGCCCCAAAAUAUGACAAUUAAAGGCUU